GCGGUUUAACGCGGCCCAGUCGCUAGACAUCCUCUGGACCGUCCACAUUAGCGUUAGGAGAUCCAUCGUGACGAAGAGAUCGCGUACACCGUCUGGCGGCUCGAUUUUUCGUUUUUCCCCCGCUGCGGAUGUGUUUAAUCUGGAGAAGUCAGCGACAAGGAAGCAAGGAAGUCAGUAAACAUAGACGACAGAAUUUUCUAAGAAAGAAGCAACCUUAUUUCCGGUGUAACAGAAGCGGCACAAGAGACUGAUCGACAAAGAGAAAAUGGAGAACGCAAAGGAGGAGACGAUAAACAUGCAGCUGAUCAGUUCCGAGAGUCCGUACAAAGUUAAUAAUGAAAUCGCCGGAAGUGGUAUAAAUGCAUCGGAAGUCCCAAUAUCGCCGACCACAAGCCCAGAAGAUUACGACCCUCACAAACAUCGAAAUAGGCCAAAUCCGACAUCGAACGCGGAGACUUUGAUACAUUUAUUAAAAGGAAGUCUGGGCACCGGAAUACUCGCGAUGCCAAACGCGUUCUGCAACAGCGGCCUCGUGACUGGUGUUAUAUCCACAGUGAUCAUAGGGGUGUUGUGCACUUAUUGUUUGCACGUACUAGUGAAAGCUCAGUACAGACUGUGUAAACGGUUAAGAGUUCCUAUAUUGAGUUAUCCACUGAGUAUGAAGCACGCUCUAGACCAAGGGCCUUGGUGUGUCCGAUGGUUCGCACCCUACGCGCCAGGACUCGUAGACGGGUUCAUGAUUGUGUAUCAAUUGGGAAUAUGCUGCGUUUAUAUCGUAUUUGUAGCGUCGAAUAUCAAGCAGGUGGCAGACCAGUACUGGGAACCUUUGGAUGUUAAAACCCAUAUGCUGAUUUUAUUGCUACCGCUGAUUUUGAUCAAUUACGUUAGGAACCUCAAAUUACUGGCACCGUUCUCCACCUUGGCGAACGCAAUCACGUUCGUUGGACUGGCGAUGAUCCUAGUGUACAUGUUUGACGAUCUACCGUCGAUCAGCGAAAGGGAAAUGUUCGGUACACUGAAAAAUUUCUCACUCUACUUCGGCACCACGUUAUUCGCUCUGGAAGCAGUCGGUGUGAUAAUCGCACUGGAGAACAAUAUGAAGACUCCGCAAUAUUUCGGUGGAUAUUGCGGCGUUUUGAACAUAGGAAUGACGGUGAUCGUAGCCCUGUAUAUUCUUAUAGGGUUUUUCGGUUAUAUAAAAUACGGAUCUAGCGCUAGCGGUAGCGUUACUUUUAAUCUGCCUGCGGAUGAAGUAAUGGCGCAAAGUAUCAAAAUAAUGUUCGCCAUCGCCAUUUUUAUCACGCACGCCCUUCAAGGAUACGUUCCAGUUGAUAUUAUCUGGAACACUUAUCUCGAUCAAAAGAUACAAAAGAGGAAAAUCUUCUGGGAGUACGUCUGUCGGACUGUUAUCACUUUAGCCACGUUCACGUUGGCCAUCACAGUUCCCAGACUGGCCCUCUUCAUCUCCCUGUUCGGUGCUCUCUGUCUCUCCGCCCUUGGCAUCGCGUUCCCAGCGAUCAUCGAGAUCUGCGUGCUCUGGCCGAACCGAGACUUCGGCCCUUGCAUGAUCAUGUUCAUCAAAAACAUAUUUCUGAUCGUAUUCGGUCUCUUGGGCCUCGUGAUCGGCACGUACGUCAGCAUCGUCGAGAUAAUAAGGUCAUUCAAGUGAAGUUCGCGAGCGAUAUUUAGGCAGGAACGAUCGAAGGAAGGCAGACAGUUUGGUGAAGAGGUAGGAAAAGCAAAAGAGAAACAGAGGCAAAGAAACGAAGAGUUUGGGAACGAGCUUGUUCGAGUAUCGAGGACGAAGUCACGGCUUCGUUACAAGUUUUAUAGCUUAAUGAGCGGCGCCUUUUAGGUAGACAGGUUAUCUCCAAUGCGGCUGGGAGUCGUUCUUAGUGAAAACAUUCGCGAGCAAUGCAUUCCGGAAAUGCUUCUCGUCCCGCGUGAUCGCCGCCAUUGUUAGAGCACUUAGGCCAAGUUUAGAUGUUUUAUUAAGAGUUAACGGCGAAGAGUCGUUCAGUGUUGGGUUAAAGAAAUAUCGUGGAAGUCGAUGGGGCUCUUCGACGUUCUUUCGAGUUUAACUGGAAUUGGCGUUUGCUGAUGGAAUCUUGCGGUGCAUUAAUCUACGUAUUUAUUAACUUAAUGCGAGAUUAUACCGCUGGUUCCAUUUAGCCGAUUGUUAAGGGUUUUAGGUUCGAAUCGUGACGAAUGUUUGUAGAAUUUUUCAUAAUUGAUAAUUCAUGUUAUUAUAACGUAUAUUGCGUAUUGGGGGAGGAACGAGAUCGGAAGAGGGUUGUUCGAGAGACUCGAUGGAAAAGUGGUCUUACGAGUGGAUUUUCUCUAGAAAUGAUCAGAUGAAUAUAGAAAGUAAUUUACGUAUAACGAUGUUACGAUAAAUUCUCUUACUUUUGUUUAAAAGCUUCUUUUAUAUUAAUGUUUGAUUCUACGAACUUCCAAAGAAACGGAUCCAGGAUUAUUGGUAUAUCGUAAUCGGUAUAUCGAAGUUCAGGUUUCGGGGUUUAGCCGUGUGCUCUUAACGCAUGAAAUUUGGCCUAGUUUGGAAUGGAGAAAAGUGCAGAUAUAUCAUUCCAGUCGAACAUAGUCGUUGAUGAAUUUGAAAAUUCCACGUUAUUGUUCAAAAGGCCUCUAAACAGCUUCUAAGCUUCUGAUACAAUAAUCGGAUUUUUUAUAUAGAUCAUGAAAAUAUCGAGCAAACAUUGAUUUAUAAAUCUGUUGAUAAAAGUAGCAAGAUUUCGGCUAUCUUACUAUUCUUCUGUAAGGCGAUUAAUUGUAUAAGUAAUAGAAAGAAAUGUUUCAUAUAUGCAGAUCGAAAAAUUACCUAAGAAGUAUUGAUCUAUCAAUUAAAAAAUUGCUCGCAGAAACAAAGAUCAGUGAAAGAUAAUCAACUAAUCGUAAAUAUAAAAAAUGAACAGAGCCUUACACAGGGACACGACUUAUAUGCAAAGUUUUCAACAAAUCUGAUCGUCAUAAACAAAAUCGUAGUAUUCACAGCUGUAUCAAUGGAAAAGCUUCCCUUUCGAAUUAGAAGUAUAUUAGGUCAAACGAAUAUCGUCCAUUUAAAUAAUACACACAAAGAAGAGUGCCCCAGUAACACGGUGCCUAUGUAAAUGAUUAAUACCUAGCUCACUUUAGUUGCACUGCCUGAGAGCAUAUUACACAGAACAGAUGUGUUCUUUCAAUUGCUCUUAUAAUCCGAAAGUAUCUGAAUUAAUUACACGUAGAAAGCCAAGUAGACGAUCUAUAAGAUUUAACGUCGUAGAUGAUUAAGACGCGUAAUUUUACAAGCCAAUUCUAAUUCAAAGGUACAAUUAUUAACGAUUCUUUAUGAAAUUGAAUUGAAAUGUUCAACCAUUCGACUUCCAUUUUAUGUGCAAUUUUAUACGUGGUCUGUUUCAAAAGUAACGAUAUUGCUUUAUUCGUAAUUUAGAUUUUUUUUGGAAAAAUAUCUCGAACUUUUCAACUACUUUAAAAAAAAUUUCUAAGAACAUUGCAUUUUACUUCUAAUACAAUUAAUUUGGUUCCUAAUUCAAAUUUUUGCAGAAAAUUAUGUUCAAGGUAAUUUUUUAACUAUUUAAAGAGAUCAAUCCUUAACAGUUGUCUGAUAAUCUACGUAAUCCAUUUCCUUAUUUUUAGAAAAUUCAUUUUCUCCAAAAUUUCGCUAACUAUACUUUUAGAAAAGAUCGUUGGUCUGUAAUUCAAAUUUAUAAACAGAAAUAUCUUCGAGAAAUUGUUUCCGAUUAUUUUAAAGAAAUAAAUCCUGUAAGAUUGUAUUCUAUCUCUGUAUUAAAAAAAAAACUUUUGCACAAAUUCUUGAAAAUGUUAUUUCUGAAAAGAACUACACAUGCAAUUUGAUUACUUUUGGAACAGAUUCAUAAUAUCAAGCGAUUGUUAGGUAGAAUCAUACGAUGCCUAACACUGAACAUAGAGCGCUCUUCGGAGGAAAAAGAAACAAAAAAGAAACCGAGAUAUGUUUUUGUAUUUCGUUCAAGAGCUUUUCUUUCGUUCUCGAUGAUACGAGUACUUACGUUCAUUCGAAUGUGAUUCAAAUGUUGACGAAAAAAUUGGAUUCCUCAUAUCUCUCUUUUGAGAAAGCACAAGAUUGGGAAAACGUGCAAGAAUUUGUACUAGUAUUACUGAAGAAGUGACUAUAAAUAUCGAAAAAGUAACGUAUAGUCAUUGAUUACACACACUGGCGACAAGAUUCGAUUCUUUGUAUUUUUGAUUGAAAAGGGCAUCCAAUUAGAAAAAACAUACGAACUUGAGUUGAUAUUACUUACGAGGAUGCUGGUGACUAAAAAUCAGUAAAACAGCGUAUAGUCACUGACUAUAGGCAUUAUCGAAAUUCGUAUUUUUAACCGAAAGCAGUUUUAAGUUGAAAAAGUUCGCAAGAAUUGAAAUUGGUGUUAAAUAGAGGAAAGACCGGUAUAGUCACGAAGUCUAUGUCAUCCGAGCCAAAAAAUUAAAUUUUUAAUAUAAAAUGAUUUACAGUCACAACUAUAAAGCGAGGAAUCCUAUAUUUUUAUUGACUAUACGAUUUAGGCCAAAGAAACAUUUUUGUUGAAAAUAAUGGUAUUUAUAAUUACGACUAUAAGACUUAUAAUUAUUGAUUACGAAGAAAAGUUUCCAUUUUAUAUCAUUUUAUAAUAAUCUGUUAUAUAAACAGGGUGUAAAAUAGGUAGUUAAACUAUGAUAUCGUAUCAUGCUCUUCCUAAGGAUCGACAACAUCAUAUGAACAUAUAUGUAUAGGUUCAAACAAACUUUCUUUGUGAUGAGAAAAGUGAUAGUAAUACCAUGUCUGAAACCACGUGUGAAAUAAUGAUCAUUCUCCACGGUGAAAGCAAAGUUUAACUAACCUAUAUCGACUGCACGAAUCGAUUAUCUCCAAUCCGAGCCAAAAAUUGGCAAAUUCUAAUCAUCUCGAAUUUGCCCAACCAUAAACAAUUAUGUACUCUCUUCAAACAAAAAAGAAGGUUAAGUAAUUGUUGAGCGAUAACUGAGAAUAAGAUUUUACAUGCAAAUUGCGUUAGAUUGCGGAUUUUGAUGCAUUUAUGAUAAAUUUUAGGUGAAGAAAUUCACAAAAUGCAUAUAAUAUACAUAAAGUAUUCAAAUUUGAGUACGCGUCAUAAUUUUCAGUGGACGAAACAAAUCGCCAUGCCUUGAGCUUCUUUAGUUCUCUUUAUAAAUAUAUGAAAUUACAUAAAAAUUCGCAAUCUAAUUAUUCUGCAGAAAUAUAGAGACAGAGAAUCCUGUCAACGUUUGAAUCACUUGUGCGCCAUGAUCGUACGCUAGAACGAAGAAAAACAACGAGACAUAAACGGCCAACAAUAAUAAAUAAAAGAAGGAAGGUCUAACCUAUAAGCCGGCUGACGCCAGCAAUGAAAACCGUAGCUCAUCGUUAAUGCCUUAUUUUCUAUUCGUUCGUGGCGUUUGUAUAAUGCAUGAUACUUGCGGCUGCGAACCAAGCAGGCUGAAUCAAAGAUCAAAGUUUAAUAAUGAACAAACGUACCGUGAAAACGAGACGUACCGCUACUUCUGUACCACCGUCACUGCCGGGAACUAGCUCGGGUCAUCGCGCGUCAUGAUGACAUACACACACAAUGACACGUUAAAUAACACACGAGUGAAAUUGAAAGACCGGUCACGACCUCCCCGUUGAACGAUCCGCGAGAAACGACAUCUCGUUCGACAUUCACGCGGGACCGACACGAAAAGUCCCGACGCCACACGGAUUCGCUCGAAUCCUCCUCUCCGCUCCUUCGCGCUUUCGACGGGGCUACAUACAAUCGACGAUCGCACAAUCGUGUUUACGACCUUCCGUUCGAUUUUCGUUCGCCGCCUCUGGGACGCUUACCAAAAACGAAAGUUUCGCUCGGUUUGCUUCUUUUCGAUAUUAAUCCAUUAUCAGUGGCGGAUCUAAAAGCUUUUCUGGGGGUUGUUUAACUAGUACAUGAGUAUAUUUUUGAAUCUUCUUUUGCAAGGUUAAAGAUCUGUUUGUAUUUUAAUAUCUCUGUUUACAUUAAUUGUAUACUUAACAAAUUUUCAGGAUCUGACACAAUAUUCUUACAUUUUAUUAUUCUUAGAGGACGCCCCUAUCGCUCACCUCUCGAUCCGCCAUUGUCGAUGGUAGCUACUAUCGAUUCUUUUUCUUCGAUUACUCUGGGCAAUAUCGUUGAUCGAUGAAACUGUUACAGAUGACACUGUUGCUGGUAUUAAACGUUUUUUUAAGUAUUAUUAUUAAAGAUUCUUUUCAAUUAUUUAAUUAUAAAGAAUAGAAGAAUAUUAAAUAUUCUUUUACUAUUAGGUUGUUGCAUAGUGAACGAUGUUUCCAGAUAAUUUGAACAAGUUCAUAUUUUUCUACUGCGUAUUGUACUUUUGAAAACACUAAAAUGAAUUAUUUUAAAAAUAUCGUCAAACCAGUGAAAGAAAAUAAACUGAAGUCAUUUGAACAAGGUAAUAUGUACACAAAAACAGUUGUUGAACGUUUUAUGAUUCGAAAUAGCCGAAAUAAGAGUUCAAAAUAAAGUGACAUUUAUUUGUUAUGCAACAGUCUGAUAUUAACCUCUUCGGUGCGAUCGUUGACUUUAGCUAUCAGAUAUAAUCAUACUUAUAUAGUGACAAUAAUCGACCAUUUAUGACUAUAGUGUCGUCUAUAGUGUCAUAAUUAUAUAAGUAAGAUAAUAUUUAACUUCUCCUUUGCAUUAUUCCUGUUUUUAAUAUAUUUUUCUAUUUAUUCAAAACAAAUAGAAAAUUCUACACAGAACAAUUAUGUUUUAUUAAAAAAAAACACGUGUUAGAAAAAAGUAAUUGCACUAAAAUGACUAUCAUACCGAAGAGGUUAGAAAUACUUCCCUCUCAUUUCAGUAGCAUUUUAACGUUCGUCGCUUUGUUAAGUAUUUCGUAAUAAAUAAAUGUUGUAAUAUCGUUGUUAAUAAUCAAAUGUUAAUUAAAUAUUGAAUGGUUAGGAAUAAUGAUAUUAUAGUAUAUAGAGUUGCACGUUGGAAUGAGAACUGUAGUAAACUGAGAAAGAAGAAUUGCAAAGGCGAUAUUGCUCGUUGCAUUAGACGUGUAUUAUAAUACGUAUAUUGUUAAUGGUUCCUGUUGAAAAUUUUCGAAGGGCAAAAAUGGAAAUCGAAAAUCGUACUUAUGGAUUUCUCACGAUCACGGUAACGAUUGGUGCAAUUAACUUCGCGUCUAUGAAGCGUUUUUAAUCGUUAUUUGCCGACUGCGCCGACUUUUAAGUCAGGAAACGAUCGUCAAGAGUUGUAUGUUUCUAAAGAUUUUUUCUUAAAAGAUCUGCAUUUUUCGCGUAUAUUUUAAAUCUGAAGUUUUCUUUUUUUGUUUGUUUUUGGUCAUUAUAUUUCUGAUAUAAUAAACUCUCUAUUCUUA